CGAGGGCCCGCGCGCUAUAAAAGAAGCCGCCUUGUCCACAGGCUUUUGAAGUGCGCUCGGCGGCCCCGCGGAUCUGUCUCUUGCUUCAACAGUGCUUGGACGGAACAGACCCAGGGACGCCCCUUGCUCCAGCCUCCGACUACCCUCCAACCUUUUUUCCAGUCGCAACCUCCGGAGUCAGCCACUCAGCUGUCCGCGAUCACCGGGACCAGCCACCAUUUUUUAACUCCUUAUUACCGACCAAUCAUGAGCUCCCAGAUUCGUCAGAAUUAUUCUACCGAGGUGGAGGCCGCCGUCAACCGCCUGGUUAACAUGCAACUGCGGGCCUCCUACACCUACCUCUCUCUGGGCUUCUAUUUCGACCGCGACGAUGUGGCUCUGGAGGGUGUGGGUCACUUUUUUCGCGAAUUGGCCAAGGAGAAGCGCGAGGGCGCGGAGCGUCUCUUGAAACUGCAAAACCAGCGUGGCGGCCGCGCCCUCUUCCUGGACGUGCAGAAGCCAUCUCAAGAUGAGUGGGGUAAAACCCAAGACGCUAUGGAAGCCGCCCUUCUCGUAGAGAAGAACCUGAAUCAAGCCCUGUUGGAUCUGCAUGGCCUGGCUUCUGCCCGCGGAGACCCCCACAUCUGUGAUUUCCUGGAGAACCACUUCCUAGAUGAGGAAGUGAAACUCAUCAAGAAGAUGGGUGACCACCUGACCAACCUCCGCAGGCUGGCUGGUCCCCAGGCUGGGUUGGGCGAGUAUCUCUUCGAGAGGCUCACCCUUAAGCACGACUAGGAGCUUCUGGAGACCAGUGGCCUUUGAAGAACCCACCUAACAUCAGGGCUGCCUGAAGCCCCUCUCUGCAGCUACUAGGCAGCUUUUUAACAUCCUGGAGCCCUCUCUCAAGCCUUGGACCAAAUGGAAACAAUAAAGCUUUUUGCAGCAUA